AUGGAUAAAGGAAACUUGGUCCAGCUGCUCCAAGCGAGCCAGAUUCCCGACACUGAGAAGGUCAAGGCCGUCACGGCCGAGCUUCAGAAGAACUACUACUCCAAGCCCGAGUCUCUUCUGCUUCUCAUCGAGAUUACCGUCUCCCACGAUGACGCCGCCAUCCGACAGCUGGCUUCCGUCCAGGCUUUGCGCCUGACCCCCAGACACUGGACCAAGAUUGACGCCUCUCAGCGCGAGGCCGCCAAGAAGCACAUCCUGGACAGCAUUCUGAGCGAUCAGUCUGCUCCCUCCCGCCACUCCAAGUCGCGUCUUCUCGCUGGAGCUAUUGGUCUCGAUCUUGAGGAUGGCGACGGCCAGGACUUCGUCCGCGGCCUGUUGUCUCUCAACAUUGCCGACAACGUUGCUCACCGCGAGGUCGGCUCCUACAUCCUCUUCGCUCUGCUCGACAACGACCCCACCCACUUCACUGAGCAGGCCCAGCAGCUUCUGGGCCUGGUUCAGAAGACCAUCGUCGAUCCUGCGAGCGCCGAUGUCCGCCUGAACUCUGUCAGAUCUAUCGGCGCUCUUCUGAUGAUCAUCGACCCCGAGGAGGAUACCCAGAGCGUUCAGCUCGUCCAGCAGCUCGUCCAGCCCAUGGUUGAGAUCCUCAAGAACGCCAUCUCCGAGGGCAACGACGACUACUACCGUGAUGUCUUCGAGGUCUUCCAGUCUUUCCUGGCUUUCGACUCCUCUUUCUUGGGUCCUCACCUGAAGGACCUCAUCCACUUCAUGCUCGAGCUCGCUAUCAACAACGAGGUCGAAGAGGAGGCCCGUUCGCAAUCUCUGGCUUUCCUCAGCCAGUGCGCUCGCUACCGCCGCAUGAAGAUCCAGGGCAUGAAGGACAUGGGUGCCCUUCUCAUGGUCAAGAGCAUGCAGAUUGUCACCGAGAUCGAGACUGACGAUGAUGACGACGAAAACUCCCCGGCCAGAACUGCCCUGGCUCUCAUCGAUCAGCUCGCCAACGACCUGCCCCCUCGCCAGGUCAUUGUGCCUCUGCUCGAGCAGUUCCCCCAGUUCGCCCAGAACCCCAACCCUGGUCACCGCAAGUCCGCUAUGCUCUCUCUCGGCACCGCUUCCGAGGGUGCCCCCGACUUCGUCGCCACCCAAAUUCAGCCUCUCCUGCCCAUCGUUCUCACUCUGCUGAACGACCAGGACGUCUCCGUCCGCCACGCUGCUCUCGUCGGUCUCAUCCACCUCGCCGACGAGAUGGCUGAUGAGCUCGCCCCCAAGCACCGCGAGCUCAUCGGUGCCCUGCUCACCAACCUCGAGGCCGUCGUUGGCUCUACCGACAGCCAGAGUGUCAGAGUUAUCCGUGCUGUCUGCGGUGCGCUUGACUCUCUCAUUGGUGAGGGUCUUGAGGACGACCUCAUCAAGGAGUUUGGCCCCAAGCUCAUUGUCCCCAUGGGUAAGCUUCUCCACCACGAGGAUUUCUCCGUCAAGGGUGGUGCUGCCGGCGCCAUUGGCGCCAUUGCUGCCGCUCUUGGUCGCGAGGAGUUCAAGCCCUACUUCGCUGAGGUCAUGGGUGCGCUUGGCCAGUACGUUGCCAUCAAGGACGGCGAGGAGGCUCUGAACCUCCGCUCGGCUGUCUGCGACUCUAUGGGCCGCAUUGCCGACGCUGUCGGCGCCCAGGAGUUCCAGCCCUACGUCAUGGACCUCAUGAAGGCCAGUGAGGAGGCUCUCAGCCUCGACAACGCUCGCCUCAAGGAGACUAGCUUCAUCCUUUGGGCUUCUUUGUCCAAGGUCUACGGCAACGAUUUCUCCCACUUCCUUCCCGGUGUCUUCAAGGGUCUCUUUGACUGCCUUGAGCUCGAGGAGGAGUCUCUCUCUAUCCCUGGCCUUACCGAGGAGGAUAUCCCCGAGGGUCUGCUGAUCUCCAACGGGAAGAAGCUCAACCUGAAGGCUGCUGCUGAUGACGAUGAGGAGGACAUGGACGAGGAUGCCGACUGGGAGGAUCUUGAGGACUUUGCCGGUGUCACCGCCGUCGCUCUUGAGCAAGAGAUCGCGCUCGAGGUUCUUGGCGAUGUCAUCACCCACUCCUGCGACGGCGCUGCCAUCGAGAAGUACCUUGCCGAUGCCAUGGGCAAGGUUUCUCCCCUGGCUCAGCACCCCUACGAGGGAGCUCGCAAGGCUGCUAUCUCUACCCUCUGGCGCGCCUACGCCCGCGUCUGGCAACUCUACGAGGAGUCGACCGGCGCCAAGUGGGAGGCUGGCUACCCCCCCAAGCAGAACCCCGGUCAGGUCAUCAACGACCUCGGCCAGUCUGUUGUUGAGGCCACUCUCAGUGUUUGGGAGGAGGACAGCGAACGUUCUGUCAUUACUGAGAUCAACCGCAACAUCGCCGCCACCCUCAAGUCAUGCGGUCCCGCCAUCCUUACACACAACGAGCUGCUCAAGAGCAGCUUGACUAUCCUCGGUUGCCUCAUCACUCGCUCUCAUCCCUGCCAGAUGGAUCUCGGUGAGGAGGAGGAGGAAGAGGCUGCCGAGGGCUCUUCCGAGUUCGACUGGCUCGUCAUUGACACCGCCCUCGACGUCAUUCUCGGCCUCGCCACUGUCCUCGGCAGUGACUUCGCCGAGAUGUGGAGAGUUUACCAACAGCCCAUCCUCAAGUUCGCCAGCUCCCAGGAGUCUCUCGAGCGUUCCACUGCGGUUGGCGUCAUUGCCGAGGCUGUCAAGUACAUGGGCCAGGCCGUCACCGAGUUCACCGACUCUCUCCUGCCCGUCCUGACCCACCGCCUGACCGACCCCGACUCCCUUGCCAAGUCCAACGCCGCCUACGCCAUGGGCCAGCUCAUCUUCAACUCCCAGGCCACCGACAAGACCAUCUCCCAGUACCCCACCGUCCUGGAGAAGCUCGAGCCCCUCCUUCAGAUCAAGGAGUCUCGCAUGGUCGACAAUGUCUCCGGCUGCAUCUCCCGCAUGAUCAUCCGCAACCCCAACCCCGAGUUCGUCGCGCGUGUCCUGCCCGCCCUCGUCGAUGCCCUUCCCCUCCAGGAAGACUACGAGGAGAACGCCCCCAUCUACCAGGCCCUCUACAACCUGUACGAUGCUCAGAACCCCACUGUCGCCAGCCUCACCCCCAAGAUCCUGCCCGUUCUGCAGGCUGUCCUCAGCCCCCCUGAGGAGCAGUUGGAGCCCGAGACCCGCCAGCUGUGCCAGAAGCUUGCCCAGGCCCUUCACUAA